UGACAUCAUUAAAGAGGGAAAGCAGCGGUACAUAAGACUGUCACACAGAUGGAACAGCAGCACAGUGACAACACCGCAAUGACCACACAGCUAAGUGCACAUCUGUCCAAUAUGUCCUCUCAUGUCAGAAUUUUACUUCUCAUCAUGCUCUGGGCGUCUCUGCAGCAUGGCUCUGGGCGCCCGCUGAUGGAGGCCCAAGAAGCGCGUGCCGGUGACGACGUCCGAGCGGCGAGGUUAAGGAGCAAACGUUGCGCGUGUAGCAGUGUGCACGACUCCGAGUGCUACUACUUCUGCCACCUGGACAUUAUAUGGGUGAAUACGCCCAGCAAGACAACACUUUAUGGCCUCGGUGGCGCUACGGCACGACAACGAAGGUCUGCGGGCAGGUGCGCUUGUGCUAACCUCGACGACCUAACCUGUGCCAGUUUUUGUUAUCAUAGAGGUGUGACUAGCAGGUCCAAGAAAGUCCACAGUUCAUCAGACUGAGAGGGAAACAAUAGUCUCUGAGGCGAAACAUCCGCCAGGCAGCACCAGAACGAACGCUGCCGCUGCUUAGCUGGCGACGCGAGAAAGGAGCUGCCAGGUGAGGCCAACAAGGAGAGGCGGAAACACCGCGAAGAUGUCCGUCCUGGGAAUGCGGUGAAAAUGACAGAUGUCUGCAAAAGACAAGAGCUGUCAGGUUCAGAGAGCCCUUUGUCUCCAAAUGUGAAAAGUGAGGGAGCCGAUCAGCACACAUGGAAAGAAUGGACUGGUCCAGAUUUUUUUUUUUUUUUUUUUUUUAAACAAUACUUCCUGACAUUCACAUAAUUGUACUCAUCAUAUUGUAAAAUGAGUUCUCAUGACUAUUCAGGGGACUUGUGGUCUGUGAUGAAAAAGAUAUAUCAUGUACAGUGUGUGGUGGAAAAGUCUUGGGGUGCAACUCUUCAUCAUUGUGAGUUCAUGAGUUCCCCUUCAAAAUUCUGUUCGUCUUCCUACCCAGCAAGGUUAAUAAAGUUAUGGUUGGAUGAAUUUGGUGCGGAAGAACCCUAUCAAACAUCUUUGGAAUGAAUCCAGAACUGAUUCAUUCAAAUGUCUUCAUAGUUUUAUUUCAUUAUCAAUUCAAUUUAAGGCUGCAACUGAUGAUAACCUUUACGAUUAAUCUGCAAUUCGGAUUUAAAAAAUAGAAUUUCUUCUCCAAUUUCCAUCCCUUUAUUCAAAAACAGUACAUCAUUUAAAAUUGGCAAUGCAGAAAAUGCACAAACAUAAAUGGUUUGGUCUGUAACAUGUCAGAAAAUGGGCAAAAAUGCUGAUCUUUGAUUUCUAAAGUAAAAGCAGAUGUUUGCAAAUGUAUUAUUCUGUUUGAACACAGAGAUAAUCAGUCUGCUUUCAUGGAGGAUUACAGAAACAGAGAGAAUAUCGAGAAUAUUUACUAUCAAGAGGCUGAAGUUCCGAGGAUUUGGACAAUUUUAAUUUAAACAAGGUCUCUAAACGAUGAAUCGAUUGUCAAAAU